GAAGAGUCGAUGCCCGAGCGGCAGCUGCGGCUGCUCACUGAGACGGCGGCGGGCGCUCGGCGCUCUUCUAGGUCCCCCCCCCCAGGGCUGACGGCGGCAGGAGGAGCGCGGAACGGCGGGCGCGCGGCGGUGAUGGCGGAGCCGGUGGAUAAGCUGUACCGGGCGGAGUAUGCGAAGAGCGGUCGGGCUUCCUGCAAGAAAUGCGGCGAGAGUAUCGCCAAGGACUCGCUACGCCUGGCCCUCAUGGUGCAGUCACCAAUGUUUGAUGGCAAAGUCCCUCACUGGCAUCACUACAGCUGUUUCUGGAAGCGGGCUCGGAUUGUGUCCCAUGUGGACAUUGACGGCUUCUCUGAGCUCCGAUGGGAAGAUCAGGAGAAAAUCAAGAAAGCCAUUGAAACUGGUGGUCCUGGAGGAGGAAAAGGAGGGGAACAAGAAGGAGUGGGUAAGGCUGAGAAGAGCCUAAAUGACUUUGCUGCAGAAUAUGCCAAGUCUAACAGAAGUACUUGCAAAGGCUGUGAGCAGAAAAUAGAAAAGGGCCAGAUCCGGAUUUCCAAGAAAAUGGUGCAUCCUGAAAAGCCACAGCUAGGAAUGAUAGAUAACUGGUACCACCCGGACUGCUUUGUGAUCCGCCGGGCAGAGCUGGGCUUCCUCCCAGCAUAUGGGGCCACCCAGCUCCUGGGCUUCAGCAUCUUGAAAGCUGAAGAUAAAGAAACGCUGAAGAAGCAGCUCCCAGCUACCAAGAGUGAAGGAAAGAGAAAAGGAGAAGAGGUAGAUGGAAAUGUGACUGCAAAAAAGAAACAGAAAAAAGAAAAAGAAUCAAAGCAGGAAAAACUGCUGAAGGAGCAGACAGAGCUGAUCUGGGGCAUCAAGGAUGAGCUGAGGAAGGUCUGCUCCACUAAUGACCUGAAAGAACUGCUUAUCGCCAACAAGCAGGAAGUUCCCUCAGGAGAGAAUGCUAUUUUGGACCGAGUAGCAGAUGGGAUGGCAUUUGGAGCUCUGCUUCCCUGUGAGGCGUGUAAGGGGCAGUUUGUGUUCAAGAGUGAUGCAUAUUACUGCUCAGGGGAUAUCACUGCCUGGACUAAGUGUGUUGCUAAAACACAGAUUCCCAACAGGAAAGACUGGGUCAUCCCAAAGGAGUUUAGAGAAAUUCCUUACCUGAAGAAAUUUAAGUGUAAGAAGCAGGACAGGGUAUUCCCUCCAGAUGCUGUGAUUAUGAACUCUGUGCCUCCUCCCUCUACAUCUACACCUUUGACAGAGGCUGUGUCCACACCCAGAGACAAGCCACUGACCAACAUGAAAAUCCUGGUUCUUGGAAAGCUGUCAAAGAACAAGGAGGAGGUGAAGAGCAUUGUGGAAGAGCUUGGAGGAAAGAUGACAACAACAGCUAGCAAGGCCACCCUAUGCAUCAGCACACAGAAAGAUGUGGAGAAAAUGAGCAAGAAGAUGGAAGAAGUGAAGGAAGCCAAAGUCCGUGUGGUCUCAGAGGAGUUUCUUCAGGAUGUGACAUCCUCCAGCACGGACAUCCAGGAGCUUGUGGCUCUGCGUGUACUUUCACCUUGGGGUGCAGAUGUGAAAAUGGAGCAUGAAGAAAUGGCUGUGGAUGGGAAAUGUAGAAAGGCCUCAAGUAUGAAGAGUGCUGGGAAAGUCAAAGAAGAACAAGGACCUAGCAAGUCUGAAAAGAAAAUGAAGCUAACAGUUAAGGGUGGAGCAGCAGUAGAUCCUGAUUCUGGUUUGGAGGAUUCUGCUCAUGUCUUCGAAAAAGGUGGAAAGAUUUUUAGUGCAACCCUAGGCCUAGUAGAUAUUGUGAAAGGAACAAAUUCCUAUUAUAAACUGCAGUUGCUAGAAGAUGACAGAGAGAACAGAUACUGGGUGUUCAGAUCUUGGGGUCGUGUAGGCACAGUAAUUGGGAGUAACAAGCUGGAGCAGAUGCCAUCAAAAGAAGAUGCUGUUGAACACUUCCUCAAUUUGUAUGAAGAGAAAACUGGCAAUUCUUGGCAUUCAAAGAACUUCACUAAAUAUCCAAAAAAAUUCUACCCACUGGAAAUAGAUUAUGGACAGGAUGAAGAAGCUGUUAGGAAACUGACAGUGGGUGCUGGGACCAAGUCAAAAUUAGCUAAGCCAAUACAAGACCUUAUUAAGAUGAUCUUUGAUGUGGAGAGCAUGAAGAAAGCAAUGGUGGAAUUUGAGAUUGACCUGCAGAAGAUGCCACUGGGAAAACUGAGCAAGCGACAGAUCCAGAGUGCAUACUCCAUUCUUAAUGAGGUUCAGCAGGCAGUUUCUGACAGUGGUUCAGAAUCCCAGAUCUUGGACCUCUCCAACCGCUUCUAUACUCUGAUUCCUCAUGACUUUGGGAUGAAGAAACCACCACUCCUAAAUAACUUGGAAUACAUUCAGGCUAAAGUGCAGAUGUUGGACAACUUGCUUGAUAUUGAGGUUGCUUACAGCCUUCUCAGAGGUGGAAAUGAGGAUGGAGAUAAAGACCCAAUUGACAUCAACUAUGAAAAACUUCGAACUGAUAUUAAGGUUGUUGACAAAGAUUCAGAAGAAGCCAAGAUUAUUAAACAAUACGUGAAAAAUACUCAUGCUGCUACUCACAACGCAUAUGAUCUCAAAGUUGUGGAUAUCUUCAGAAUUGAGCGUGAAGGAGAGAGUCAGCGUUACAAGCCCUUUAAACACCUUCACAACCGCCAGCUGCUGUGGCAUGGUUCCCGCACCACCAACUUUGCUGGUAUCCUCUCACAGGGUCUCCGGAUAGCUCCUCCCGAAGCUCCCGUGACUGGCUACAUGUUUGGGAAGGGCAUCUACUUCGCAGACAUGGUAUCCAAGAGUGCCAACUAUUGUCACACAUCUCAAGCUGAUCCCAUAGGCUUAAUACUACUGGGAGAAGUUGCCCUUGGAAAUAUGUAUGAGCUAAAGAACGCUUCUCACAUAACAAAAUUGCCAAAGGGAAAACACAGUGUGAAAGGUUUGGGCAAAACUGCACCUGAUCCCACAGCCACUACUACCCUUGGUGGUGUAGAGGUUCCUUUAGGGAGUGGAAUCUCAACAGGAAUUAAUGAUACCUGUCUUCUGUAUAAUGAAUAUAUUGUGUAUGAUGUUGCUCAGGUGAAUCUGAAGUACCUGCUGAAACUGAAAUUCAACUAUAAGACAUCACUUUGGUGAACAGUAAUUAGAAGCCCUGCUAGAGUUAUACUGUAGUUACACUAUAGUGUUGAAUGCUGACAUGCUUACACAUUGACUUCUUUUACCAAGAUAUCUAAAGUUAACCUGGAGAAGAAGAGUUAAGAAAAAUCCUCUUUAGGACAACAGUUAGUGAAAGUUUAUGUAAAUGUGUGGCAACACAUGGGCCUGAAUUCUGAUGAGGAUGAGUACCUGAGUUUAUUUUAUACCACUUCUAAUUUGGGGGCUUUCAAAUGUUUCUUUUCAUUAUCUAAGCUGACAAACCAAUAAACGACAACAACAAAAAAAUCACGCUUGUGUUUUUAGCGAAAAAUAGUUGGGCAGUAGCAGAAAAAAGAACUUGAGGAUUUUUACAAUAUUUGUUCUGUUAAGGUUCCCCCUUGUUUAAGGUACUCUUUUUCAGUUUUCAUUUGAAUAAAUGAUAAAUGUGCAUUUAUUUUGAGGUAAAAAAUAAAAGCUAGUUUCAUACUAACAACUUUGUUUCAAAACUUCCCAACUAUUUUGGUUUUGAGUCAUGAUUUUAAAUGUAUUUGGUAGAAUAUUCUUAAACAUGGUAGGUCUCUCUGAAGGUCAAAUACCAAAUACUGAAAUCUGUAGUCACCUUCCAGGAAGCUGUGGUAAAAUUAAAAUUUGGACUUCCACUGGGGUUUCAUUUGUCAACAGUUGGUGUGGUAAACAUGAAAAAUGAACUUGUUGUUUGAAUUUAGUAUUAGCCCCAAUAAAACUUUAAAUACCUA